UUACGCAAUUAGCACUACAAAUACGAUGUCAUUUUAUUAUUUAAUAUUAUAUUUUAUCUGUACUCUGUGUACGAUUUACAGUCAUCCGAGUACGAAGAAAACAGACCUCCCCAUCAAAUUCUUCAGCCGCGAAGACUGGAAUGCCACUCCGGCAUCACAUAUGACACCUUUGUCAACACCAGUAGCUUACGUAGUGGUACAUCAUACGUACCUCCCUCCAGCUUGCAACUCUCAUGAGGAGUGCGUUACUGCCAUGAGGGGAAUGCAGAAUUACCACAAUUCUCUAGGAUGGGGUGAUAUUGGUUAUAAUUUUUGCAUAGGAAGCGAUGGUGGUGUGUAUGAAGGCCGAGGAUGGGAGAACAAGGGGAUUCACGCUGGGCCUGCCAACGGUGUUAGUGUGGGCAUCUGUCUUAUUGGCGACUGGAGAGUUUCGUCUCCACCGGAAGAAAUGAUAGCAGCAACAUUAGCCCUCAUCGAAAUAGGAGUAGCCAGGGGCUCUAUAAAGGCAGACUACAAGGUGAUCGGCCACAGCCAGGCCAUGAAGACAGAAUGCCCAGGUGCAGCUCUAUCCAACAUCAUAUCGAAAUGGGAACAUUUCUCAAAUACAUUCACUAGAGACAAUAAACGACUUUAAUGUCCGAUUUUUAUUGCCUUUGAAAUUGUUAAAAUAGUUAAUUUUAAUACAAAAUAUGAACAAUUUGUUAUCUUUCUAAAGUGAUAACGCUCACUUCUGGGAUUAAUUACAGGAAUAGAACUGAAAACAAAAUUUUAAGAACGAUGCGGGACUCGAACCCGCAACCGCUUGCGUUCCGUGCGAGCGCUCUUACCAAAUGAGCCAGCCGUUCGAGUGACGUAUCGUUUAUAAAAUCUUGUAUUCUUUGUUCAAGUCUCAGGUUGUGGCUAUAUAUAUUAAAGUUAAUAAUAUUUACUUUUAUGUUACUGUAUAUAUUAUUACCAAGAGAUAUGUUCAACGUUGGGCAUAAGAAAAGUUGGAAGACCGUGUAAGAGGUGGGCUGAUAAUGUCAUUGAAUACGCUGGAAAAGACUGGCAAAUAUUGGGCAAAGACCGUAUAGUGUGGAAGAAAAUGGAGGAGGCCUUCACCCAAAGAGGGGCCCCCAUACAACUAAUUAAACAUGAAUAAAAAUAGAUAGAAAACUUACUAACAUAAAACUUUUCUCUUUUUAAGUUCUUAUAAUAUUAGGCUUAAGUUAAGUUAAGUUUACUAACAAUAAUUGUCAGUUUAUUUUAAUUUUUAAAUUUAGAUUAAUUUAAUUAUGAAAUUUUGUAUGGGAAUAAAAGGCUUUUUUAUCAUUUAUUA